ACCGGUUUGGUAGGAUCGUUGGCUGGAUCUGAAGCGUGCCUGUGUACAGAUACUAACUGUACAGUACAGUGUCUUAAGCGUUACGGUCGGACAGACGCGUUUACUGUAUACUUCAUUCCGGAUCCGUGUCUGUCUCUCCCCAACCAACAUGGCCACCGCACGGCACAACUAUGAGCUGAAGAUCAAGGCCAAAAACCAGCUGGCGAAGACAGAAGACCCGAUAGAGAAGCUGAGACUACAGUGUCUGUCACGGGGGUCCAGUGGCAUCAAGGGACUGGGCAGGGUCUUCAAAAUCAUGGACGACGACGGAAACAGGAGCCUUGAUUUUAAGGAGUUCAGCAAAGGUCUUCGCGACUACGGACUGUUCGUGGAACCGAAAGAGACCAGAGAACUUUUCGAGAAAUUCGACACUGACGGGAGCGGGAGUAUCGACUUUGACGAGUUCCUGCUAGCUUUGAGGCCGCCGAUGAACAAGAGGCGGAAAGAGCUGAUCGCGCUGGCCUUCCGGAAACUGGACAAGACGGGAGACGGCGUGGUGACGGUGGAGGAUCUGAAGGGGGUUUACAACGCCAGCCAGCACCCCAAGUUCAGGAGCGGGGAGUGGACGGAGGAACGCGUCUUCCAGGAGUUCCUCAAGACAUUCGACGACCAGAACAAUCCAGACAACAAGAUUACACACGAGGAGUUUGUGAACUACUACGCAGGUGUCAGCGCUUCUGUCGACCAGGAUUCUUACUUCGACUUGAUGAUGAGAAACGCCUGGAAGAUUUGAGGGCCAAACUGAUACAGGCAUUUGUCUAUGCUGGUGGUGGUUAUCUUUGUAAAUACAUUUAGCUAAACUAGUACUGCCUUCCAAU